AAAGCAGAGGUUUUGUUUUACGAUCAGAAAGUGCACUGGUACUGUAGACAGUAGCACAAACACAGCAGAGACAAAGUCCAGCUUGCCUUUACUGUUUUCCUUUCAUCCACCACACCUUCAUAUCGGAGUUUUAGCUGCACAAAAAAAUGAAAGCACACGCACGCAUCCUCAUUCUCCUCUCCGCCCGAUCUCUUGGCACCUCAUCGUCUUGCACCAUGCUCCAUGUGAAGUCUCAAGCCCCAGUUGGCAACAAUCAGCAAACAAAUGGCUUCAAAGAGCUGCAUGGCCUCCAGUGCAUAGCUCCUUUGGUGCAGACAGUGGAGGAGACUCCAGAGCCUAUCCCUGCCAGAGUCAAGGGCACCAUCCCUACCUGGAUCAAGGGAAGUCUACUCCGCAAUGGACCUGGAAAGUUUGAGUUUGGAAACCAACACUACAACCAUUGGUUUGAUGGGAUGGCUUUGAUGCACCGCUUUCAGAUUAUGGAUGGUCAGGUGACCUACAGGAGCCGGUUCCUACGCAGUGAUUCCUACAACCAGAACUCUGAGAGGAAUCGCAUAAUGGUGUCUGAGUUUGGCACACUGGCUUUCCCUGACCCCUGCAAGAACAUCUUCCAGCGCUUCCUGUCCCGCUUCGAGAAGAUAAAGCCUACAGACAAUGCAAGCGUGAGCUUCAUCAAAUACAAGGGCGACUACUAUGUCAGCACAGAGACAAACUUUAUGCAUAAAGUGGACGCAGAAACUCUGGAAACAAAACAGAAGGUGGACUGGAGCAAGUUCAUUGCAGUCAAUGGGGCCACUGCCCACCCCCACAUUGACCCAGACGGUACAGCCUACAACAUGGGCAACUCUUAUGACCAAAAAGGAGUUUUGUACAACAUUAUCAGUGUGCCUCCAGCUAAAGAAGGUCCAAAUGACACACUGAAAGGGGCAAAGGUGCUGUGCUCCAUCAGCCCCACUGACAGAACCAGACCUUCCUACUACCACAGCUUUGCCAUGUCAGAAAAUUAUGUGGUAUUCAUUGAGCAGCCCAUAAAGAUGAAUCUGUUAAAGAUGGCGACGUGCAAGCUGAGGGGAAAAAACUUUAACAGCGGCAUCUACUGGGACCCCAACCAGGAGACUGUCUUCCACCUCGUCAACAAGCAAACUGGCAUGGUGAGCCCAGUGAAGUAUCACACCAAGGCUCUGUCCACCUUCCACCAGAUUAACGCUUUUGAGGAGGCCGGCUUCCUCAUGGUAGACAUGUGCUGCUCGGAUGAUGGCCAGGCCAUCAACACCUUCCUCAUUCAGAACUUACGCAAGUCUGGAGAGGCACUGGACAAGGUGUAUAACAGCUUGGCCAGGACGUUUCCUCGCCGCUUCGUCCUGCCUCUAAACAUCACUAGCGACACUCCACUAGACCAGAAUCUCAACACACGACCCAACAGCUCCGCAACCGCUGUCUGCCACAGCAAAGACAAGGUGUUCUGCACAUUUGAGGAUCUCCAUAGUGAUGACCUGCUGGAUUAUGGUGGUUUGGAGUUCCCCCAUAUUCAUUAUAACAGGUUCAACACCAAACCGUACCGCUACUUCUACGGUUGUGGUUUCCGCCACCUGGUGGGAGACUCGUUGAUCAAGAUGGACCUGGAUGGUAAAAAGCUCAAGGUGUGGUAUCAGCCGGGCCUGUACCCGUCUGAACCUGUGUUUGUGCCCUCACCUGAUGCUACGGAAGAGGACGAUGGGGUCAUCUUGUCUGUCAUCCUCAAGCCCACUGAGGAUAGGAGCACGUUCCUCUUGGUUCUAGACGCCAGGACGUUCGAAGAGCUGGGAAGAGCCGAAGUGCCUGUCAACAUUCCAUACGGCUUCCAUGGAACCUUCCAAUCUGCAGAGAACUAAGUAGAAGUAGUAUGAUUACCACAAUAAGCCCGUGAUGACCACAUGCUGCUUUGACCAUGGCUACACUGGACUGUUUAUUAUGGUUAAAGAUACUCCUCACUGAUUCAGUACUUCAGAAAACCCAUGCCAAAGAUUUGCACAACCAGAACACAACACAGUGGCAGGAAUAAGGGAUCAUGCUGAAGGUCAGAGUAUAAUUCAAAUAGACGAGGGUGGAGGUGAAGGAGAGGAGAAAGCAAUAUUUACUCUAAUUGUUUUAUAUGAGAUUCUGCCAAAUGCAUCUUGUUUUACUGUUUCACACUAAAACUAAACUCUUUGUAACAUUUUUAAUGUGUUAUUCUCUGAAUAGGGUUUAAUAUAAUACAAAUGUGUUAAAUAUCCACACAUUACCCCUUAAUAUAUUAGCAUUAAUGUACACAUUUUUAAAGAAGGAAAGCAUGUUUAACUGCUUUAUAUAUAAAGUUUGCC